CCGCCGCUCGACGUCGGAACCAGGCGGAGCGUGGCUGCCGUUUGAAUUCCGGCGGGCCGGCGGGCGGGUGGCGCCGUGUCGCGCGGGGAUGGCUGUUCUGCGGCCCUUGGACAAGCUCCCGACGCUCAACUCCGUCGUCCUCCUGCUCGUGGGCUCGGACGAGGCGCUCCAGCAGAAGCUGGCGGAAGCGAUUCUCCAGGAGAAGAAGGACUUCAACAUCAACAUUCACCUUGCUACAUCCCUCCCCUUACCUUCAGAGAGGGAUCAUCUCCGACCCAGGAUAGAUAUGGUUGUGUUUAUGAUUGACAUAAAGAGCAAGUACAGCUUGAAGAAUGUCGAAACUUCCCUAGCUCAUGUGGAUGCUAGCUUCUUCCUGGGGAAAGUGUGCUUUCUUGUGACUGGGGUUGGCAGGGUGAAUGCCUGCAGCAUUGAGACAAAUGCCAUUUCUAAAUUAGGAAAAACCUACUGCAGUCCUGUGCUAUUCUGUGAGCUGGAGUUGGAAGAGAUUCGAGUUGUUACUGCUCAACGACUUCUGCGAAUGUUACAGAUCUGUGCUGGUCACGUACCGGGAGUUUCUGCCUUGUCCUUUCUCUCACUGAUGAGGAGCUGUGAUGAUGAUUAGCUUCUCAUCAUGAUACUUCAGACACAUUCAUCAGGUUUUUUUCAUGUCGGGCAUUGAAGCUGCUGCAGUUGGAAUCACAUUGGGAAGCUUUUUUUGCGUGAUUUGUCAUGACCACUCAUCCAGAACUGUUCCUAUUUGCUUACCUCUCAAGAAAAAUUUGAUUCCUAUUCAGUGGAUAACAGAUGGGGAGGGCAGUUUGAAUUGGGGAUUCCUAUUAUUAUAUCUGAAUCCCAUUUUGUGAUCAAGUUCGAGUUUUUUCCACUUGGCCAGUGGCCAGGAGCUAUGUGGUUUUUUGAGAGAAUAUUAGAAGAACUGUCUCCAAAGUACCAGAGAAGAGGUAGCAGGCUCCUGAUUUCUUUCAGUUGAAAUGCAGCACCUUAGUCUAAUGUGAAACCUUGGUGCCAGGUUUUGUCUAUCCACCAAGAGAAGAAUGGGGAAGGAAGGCUGGUCUGCAGCUUCUAGAUAGACUGCACUUGGCAGUUAAUGAUCCAGCUGUAUGAGCAUCUACCCAGCAAAGGACUCACUAUUUCCAUGCCUGGUACCUAACUGGGAAGGAAAGGGCUAAAGAAGAUAAUGAAUCUAGCACUUUAGCUUUCUUUUAGAUUCUCGAAGAAAACACUCCACUUGUCAAGCCCAAGAAAGCCCCAGUAAUGUAGCCUCUGGGGAUGACCAGAGGUGAAACCCAGAAGACCAGACACAGCAGCACACAAGAAAACAGGUUGUCUCGGCUGGUUUGGCAUAUGCUGUGUAUAAUCCCUUUACUAACAGGUUCUGACCAGCAGUAAGUUGUGCCUUGUGCUCACUGCAAGUCACUAAGGUUUGAGAGUUCUAAUUUAAUAAAAUAAGUAAUAUGUAAUUUACUUAGUAACUACUUACAUAGUUAUAUGCUCUUUAUUACUGUGAAUGCUUGUCCCAGUUUGCCCUGACAGGCUGGUCCUUGCUAGCAGCUUGAACUCCCAGUUGGUUGUUUUGCUGCACUUGUGGCUUCAACCAUGUGGUGGUGGCAAAAGCUUUUCAAAUACAGCCCUUUCUGUUCAUUGAGUGAGCCACCUGCCAGAAUACAGGUUUUUUUGAAAUGCUGGGAUGUUUCUUACUCAGAAUUGCAUGCCAGGUGGAAAUGGAGCCUAGAGAGAAUGUGUUAAGCUCCUCUCUGGUUUAAUUUAUUUAAUCUCUAAUAGUCUGCUUUAAUGUUCCUAGUUUCAGAGCUCUAGCUGUGUGCACAUUUUUGGUUAGCUUGUUUCUGACAUCUGUCUGUGAUCAGGAAAAGCAGAAAGCAGCACUGUAGGCUUAAUCAGCUGUGAAUGUUGGCAGUCCUUGCAAAGACAGCUCAGCAAGCUCAGAGGACACACAAAUCUCAGCUCCAGUUGUAUUGUUGCUGGUGGGGGAGGGCUAGGGUGUUUGUCAGCUGAAACAAAAGGAGCUAAACCAUUCAGCUGUGUUAUGAUGCCCAAAAGGGCUGGACUCUGGCUAAAACCCAAAGGAGAAAGACAUGUGCAAACUGUCACGGCUCUGUAAGGAGGAUGGGAAGCUUAAUGUGCAUGCCCUACUUUCAGUUAGCUUUGCCAUCCUGAAGGUACUAACCAGGACUUGGCCACCAGAGAGGGGAAAAUCACACUGAAAAACAAGUUUUUGUGUUGGUCAUGCUGUCUCAGCCUUGCUCUUGCUUUGAGUCCAUCAAAAUAAAGGAGAGCAUUGCUUAGAAUAGGCUGUUUUUGAUUUGUUCUUGAUGUGCAGGUGCAGUCUGUGGGAGGAAAGGGAAGAGAAGUGGCAUAAAAUGAGCCACUCUUUUGUGUCCUCUGCAAUUCUUAAAAUGCAAGGAGAUUUUUCCAUCUCCUAGCUUGCUCUCCUUAUUAGUUGACUGUAAUAACUGAUGGACUCAGGUUAAAUCCCUUUGGCCUCAAGAGUAAUUUGACUGUGCUUUUUUAACUAGUGAAAAUGAAACUUUUUUUUGGUCCACCCAGAAUGCUUUGGAGUAACUCAUGUGUUACUGUCCAUUUCUGCACCUUCAAGCAGGGUUUUUUUUUCCACUGUUAUGUUUCAGAUGUGGUAUUUCUUCCCUUCUACUACUUUCAAGGAAUAAAGAUGCUGUUUUUACUUCCUACAGGUGGCUGAAUCUCAGCUGGUGCAUAAUAAAAUUUAGUUCCUUAAGAGCAGCAUCUUGCUUCACCUUGGGGCAAAUAUUUUUCUUAUUCUUAGAAGAAAGUAUUUAUUAGAACUGGCAGGGGAAGCAGAGUGUACCUAAGAAUAUGACACAGUGUCUCAGGUCCAUCACAUUUUACAAGCCAAAGUAGUUGGGACACGUCUAAAGCUACAUCUUCAACUAUGUAAAUACCUUUAGGAGCUGUCAGCUAUUAGUUUAGACAGGCCAUAACACUGCCCUUGCUAGCAGGGGAGACAAGGCAGCUGAGGAUAUCUUUCAUCUGGAUGGAGUAUCCAGGGCUAAUGUUUGAUAAAGGUCUUGUGAAAGUAGUACUUGGAUUGGGAUCAGAGGCCUGGAAAGCCUGAAGCUGAAUUAAGGCUAAUUACUCAGGUUCUGUUUUAUUCAAACGUCAUGAAAGAGCUUUCCAAGCUGACUAAAAUCUAAACUAACAGAAACAUUUUGAAGUUACUUGCUUUCUCUUCUCUCUUGCCUCAGUUCCCUAUCCAUGUGGAGAUUUUCAAAGAGGAAUCCCCCUCUCUGUGGUGAAAUUACCUGUGAGCAUUGCUGAUUUGACUGUUUCAGUUUGUGGAUGUGUUUCUGUUUGUUAGUUAUGUCAGCAAAAUUAGAAUAAAAGUUGUCUAAUUAGUACAGAAGAGCUCAUACCAGUUGCACUGGUGUAAGCUUUGGUCUCACUGUGCUUUUUUUUGAGGGACAGAACUAAAUGAGGUUGUAAUAUGGUCUCCUCUGCUAUGACAGGUACAGGUUGACCCACAGGAUUUCAUUUUCAAUCCAGUCCCUUGAAGAUUUUGCAUCCUCAGCCAGCUAGCUGAACAGCUCACAGGGGUGAUCUUUGAGAGAUUUUGGCACAAAUCGCCUUGCUUGGCAUUACCUGGUAGGAUUACAGCUCUCUGCUGUGCCAGGUUUUCUAAGACUGUCUCUGCUGCACCAGCAGUUAAAUCAGACCAACUUUUAAGCAUGAUAAAACAUUAUAUGCUCAGUCUAUACCAAUGGGAGAGAAAGUCUGUGUACUGAAAUGGCAUCCAUAGUAAAAGAUCUUUCUGUUCCUGGAACAAAGAUCAGUGAUAAAGCCAACCCCGGGGGUAUAUCUGUCCCUUCCAAACCUUGAAACUGGUGGUAGAGUUUUAGAUUCAAGGCCACCUCUGAUAUUUACUUUGGGGACUGAUUAAAACUGGAUGUCUUUGCUUGCCUGUAGUUUGAAGGGAGUGGCUGGCUUAGGUCAGUGGCGUUUAGCGGCUGUGGUCAAGCUAUAAAAGCUCCUUGGUUGCUCUCAUCAUGACCACUGUUCACAGCAGUGAUGGACAAGAAGGGACUCAUGCUCUGCUGCCUGGAGAUGACUGGCAGAGCUGUGGCAGAGGUCAGCUCUGCUCUGCUGCCAAAAGCAAGGAAGAGGCUUUCUCCUGAGGGGUUUUUAACUUGUCUUGAUUUUGCAGGAGCACUGGCUGGUUUUCAGCUGCUCUGUUUCUGUUCCACUGGCCUAGAUCCCUGGCAGUCUCCUCUGCACUCUGUUCUCCACUCCCCACCCUAAGCUGGUCUGCAGUGUUGCUGUGGGCUGCUGAACAACUGCCACUUUCCAUUCAGUGGCCAGCUGUCCUUCACUGGUGGGGAAAAGUGAUUUAUAUGCAAGAGAAAGCAAUAGCUGGUACAGCCCAGAGGCAGGAGCCAAAAACACUGGAUUUGUUUCACUUCUGUGGCUGAUUUCUUGCAUGACCCUGGACAUGUGUGUAAAAAUUCACUGUGCCUCACUUGGUCUGCUUCUACAGCAGGAUCUGCCUCCACUGGGGGUGUGUAACAAGGGCAAAUUGACAUUACUUUGGGGUUGCAAAUCUGGAAUUAAGUGGAAACAUUCAGAAUAAAAGGGGUUUUUUUUCCUCUUUACCUAAGUUCUGUUCGGGAGGGUGUGGUAGGGCCUGCUGGCCGGGCGCCUCCUGAGAUCGGCCAUUUUUAUGCUGCUUAUAUGCCUGACUCCACUGCAGGGAGGCUGCCUGAAACUGGCUGCAAUCAUUCUCAUAAGACAUUGCAGCAUGGUUAGGUUUCAGUGUGAACUGGAAUGAAACCACCCUUUGAAAUGCUGAAAUUCCCUGUACAGUUCAAUUAUCCUUGAAUUGGCCAGUGGGGAAAUCAAAGUCUCUGGAUCUGUUCCUCACUGUUAAAUAUUAAUACAGCAUGGCAGUACGAGGCAGGAAGGCAUCCCCUCGGGUCUCUGUGCAGGAGGGGCUGUCUUGGCUGUGAAGAGUUGGUGUGCAAGAGAGGUCAGGGACGGGGGACUCUGGAGUGACAUGACUUGCUCAGACUCCUUGGCACCUGAGUAGCAGGGGCUCCCAGCCCGUGCUGGGCCACGUUUCCUUCGGCACAGGCUCCUUCUGCAAGAGCUACCAUGUGCUGCAAUGUCACAUCCCUCAUCCCCCUGGACCUUACCAUGUGUUGGGGCAUUUUGAGAGGAGCCAGGAAAGGCACCGUGCCCUUGCCCCGCCCCACCGCCUCCUUUGCUGAGGGAAGUCAGCAGUGUGUGAAAGAGCCCAUGUUUUACAUACGUGCAGGCAGCCUCCUCGCCGCCAGCCCAGGUGCAGCUGCGGGCUGCGUACGAGAGCCCUGUGGGCUCUGUGUGUCACGGGAAGGAGCACCGACAUGGGGCAAGGACGAAAACAAAGAGAGAGAACACCUCCCCCUGGGAAACACAGCCCUGGGGUGCAGGGUCUGCUCUAGCCUCUGGAUACCAACACCCUAUUGGCACUACAACAGGCUGUGUCAGGGCCAACUGAAGUGCCUGUGCUCAGGCAUGCUGGAAAAAACUAAAAAUCCCAGGCAGCACUAAACAAGCUAAGGAGGCUUCCCCAUUUUCUGUCAGUAUGGAGUAUUCCUUUUCUCUUCCCAUGAAAGCUCUCCAGUCCUACUAUGCGCUCACUGUGCAGUGACAAGGUGACAGUGCUGCGCUGUGACCGGGCUGCCUUGCUCAUGCUCUGUGCUUGGAUUGUUGAAACCUUAGGUAUUUGUUGAGGCUGACAGUCCUUGAGGCACUAUUUUUGUCUGCACUGCUCAGCUCAAAGCUCCCCUGAACCUCUGUGCUGGCCACUCUCCUAGUUUUGACAGCAGCAUUGGCAUUGCCCCAGUGUGAACAUACGAUUUUUCCCCCCACUGCUGUUUCUUUUUCUUGCUCUUCCAGAGAUCACAGACAUUAAGCGAGGGCUGCAUUUGCCUAAGCUCAGUAACAGCCUGUGGCUCGUGUGGCAGUGGAGUAUCUCUCUUUAAAGACAUGUGCCAGAAUCAACUAAUUAAUCCUCAUUCUCCUGUGGGUCUGAGGGGUGACUCAGUGCCUCGUGCUGUUAUGCUGAACAGCAAAGGAUCAAAGGCAUUGGAGCUGGGGAAGCCGUGGGAUAGCACAGUGUCACUCUGCCUGCACACCAGACACCUGUAAAAGCUCAGUCUUGCGCACUUAUUAAAGUCCUCCAGGACUUUUUUUAGCCAUGCAGGGUAUUGAAAACUCUGCAGCCUUGGAGAUAAGGCUGGAGCUGCUAUCACCUUGCUCCAGAGGGAGUGUUUUCACUACCUCAUCUCGCCUUUUUACCUUUUCUCUUCAUUAAAACCAAAUUUGGCCACCCUGAGCAAUUCUCGCUCCUGACCUACAGGUUUUUCACUGCACCCACUCUGUAUGUGUCUGGGUGAAAGACAGGGCAGGGAGACCUAGGCGCUGCUGAAAUUGAGCUGUGGUGGUGAUUCAUGUCCCUCUUGGGCAUUGUGACACCCAGCAAGCUGCAAGGCCAGGCUGUGCCAGCAUGGCAUGGCAGCCGUGAAGAAGUGCAAACAAACCCCAGCACCUGGCCUUGGGCUGCCCUGGCAUCCAUCAUGCUGCUGUGUGAGCUGCUUGGAGGGAAGGGACGGGGAUGUCAGAUUGCACUCAGAUGUGUAAUACAGACCUAGUUCAAAUACAAGUUUGCAGGCUGGGAAGCUUUUGCCCAGUCCAGGGGGAAGAGGAAGACCCUCUAGGACAAGGGUUGCUGCACUGCAUCUUCUGGUCUGUGUUAUAAAGGAGAUGAAACAUGAAGCAUGUGCUUUCUUUGAAAUCUGGGUCCUACCCAGGUUGCAUGUGGAGCAUCACCUGUGAGAGUCCCCCUGAGUGUGCAUGAGCUGUGGUUUGGCUGAGCUCAGUCACUGUAUGGGACUAAUACAUAGUGAUGGUGUCCUAUAAAUUAUAUAGUUGGAAUGUUCGCCAUCUGCUCUGCACUGAAAGCUGAGCGUGAUUGAGAUCUUCCCCACUUCCCAAAGCUUCACUCUCUUGCCAAGCUUGAAAUGUGUUUAUCUCCUGUAAGUGGUUCUGAUUGAAUCAGGUAAAGAGGGAAUUUUUUAAGCAGGCUGCAAUGUUCCAUGCACCCAAAGUGAGAGCUGAAGCAGAGGCCAGCAUCCCAUUAUAAGGCUAUGAGUAAAACUGAGUCUGAUUUCAUAUUUAUUAGGUUCUAAAGGGACGGAAUCUUGAUUGCAGUGGUCAUAUCAAAGAUUUAAAAUAGUAAUGCAAAAAGCAAAGGAAAUCCCAGUGAUUCAUAUAAGAAGGGGAAAUAAAGAUAGUCGUGGAGGAAGAAGGAGUUUGAAGGGGCCUGAAUUGCUCUGCUGCCCAAAAGCAGGAGGGGAUUUGAAUCAGAUUAUCCUCAUUAGAUGUCUCUUUAAAGCAUCAUCAAGCUAGAUGAAUGGUCUGGGGGAGAGCUUGGAGGCAUGGUGGCUGUGAUUAUCACCAGGGAUUUGCAGUCCUAGUUAUCUAGCUAAGAGACAAGAUUAUUAGGGGAUAUAAAGCUGUUCCUGCUCUCAGCCUCUAAUGUGCAUUUUUAGGUUGGGUGAUGGGAAACGCUGUUGUGUAGUAUUUGGGUUUAUAUUGUAUUUCAUUUUUAUAUUGUAUUUUGUGAUGGUUUCUUCUGUACCCCCUGUUCCCCUGGAAAAUGUAUCAUCCUGAGGUUUGUCCCUGCUCCUUUUCCCUGCCCAUUCUCCCACAUUGGAAUGUAAUCCAACCCUGUUCCACUCCCACCUUAUCCCUGAUUGAGUAGUGGCCUGUCCCUGCGUUUAACCCCUUCCCUGGAUAUAAGCCCAAAAAGCACAUGAAAGCUUCAUUUUGGCUGGGGGUCAGGGACCUGGUUCCUGACCCAGAUGGGGGCAGGACCACAGGAGAAAGACUGAAUAAAGCCCUGAUUUUCCCCCGGA